AUGACACCAAGUUCUUUGUCCCCGCAUUACGCGGCUCAAUCUCCUUCAGGACGUAAACCUGACUUGGUAGCGAAGGAGGUGCUGGAAUGGUGGCAAACCAACGGAAAGCACCCGUUCAUCCAGCCCCACAUCUCGUCACCGAGUAAUGUGGGUGCGAACUCGCCAGAGAACUUACCACUAGGUGAUAAGGUCCAGCUCAUUCGACUACCAGUAGCUUCACCGUCAGCCGUUAAAGAGUUCAGUCAGGUUAGCAGUGAAGAGCCAGCACAUCUCACCACAGGGUUUGGUCUUGAUCGGUGUAGCAAUAAUUCUAAAGGUGAAGUACAAGUUUCCAAAGGCGAUUUGUAG